AUGGAUCCGACAUAUCCUCUCGUGCCUACUGCGAACUUCGUGGCUGCCUUUCUGACGAUGCUCACCUUCCUGACAGCCCAACUUCGAGAGUCAUGGAAUGUCGGCGUCUGUAUGUUGUCAGCCUGGGUCUUUGUAUGCACUCUAUCUACGGGUGUCCAGACUGUCGUGUGGAGAGAUAACGCCGAUACAAGUAUUGCGCCAGCAUUCUGCGACAUCGCGACUCGUAUACAGGUUGGCACAUUAGCCGCGAUGCCAGCCUGCACGCUCGUCAUCACCCGCUCUCUUCACCGGAUCGUGAGCUAUCAGACAGUCGUGUUCAACGAUCCGCACGAGCGCCGGCGCGAGUUGAUUCUCGAUCUCAUUCUCGGGUUGGGUCUGCCUAUCAUACUCAACAUUCUCUACUAUGUGGUCCAGGAUGCGCGCUAUCUUGUCGUUGAGCAAGUCGGAUGUGCACCAGCUUUACAGAACACAGGCAUGGCUAUCCUAUUGCUAAAUAGCACCCCUAUCAUCUUAUCACUUAUCUCCGCUGUCUUCUACAUGUCACGUAUAAUCUUCUUUCUCUGGCGACACAAACGCAACAUGAACCAGCUUUUUGGAAGACAGAUCACGAUCACGCGCUGCGUCUACCUACGCGUCGUUUGUUUUGGCGUAAUCAACCUUCUCGUAUGCCUUACUGUCGCCAUCUCAAACUUCUUUCCGAUCCCGACGCCAGAGUUCUAUCCCGGAUGGUCCGCUACGCAUGCAAACUGGACGGCACAGUCGAUAUCAACAGCAGAGUGGCAUUCCCAAGGAAGUUUGACCCGGUGGAGCAACGUAUGGAACGUAUGGAUCAAUGUCUGGCUUGCGCUGGCGAUCUUCGGGCUCUUCGGUUUGUCCGGAGACGCCAGGAAUGCCUACGUGCGCGCAUUCAGCGCUGUCGUUCCGUGGGUUGGGGCACGUAGUCUAAAUCCAACCCGUCGGAUCGGUUUCCAGCCGGGCAUCCUUGUCCUUCCUCCUGUCGGUGAGAAUCAAUGCGGGACGAUCGUACCUGCCGACCUCAAACAUAUGCCAUCGCUCGAUGCCACCUUGGGCUUUGCGUCCUCGAGUACCACGCGAGGUCACUCUACCGACGCGGUCACCAUCGAGAUUGCAGUCACAGUCGAAUGUACGUCGGACGACAUUCCCGCGAGCGCCGGAGGAUCGAACGAUGGUGACUCCGACAGUUGCCGAAAAGAUAUAUCCCCAGUAUGA